GUCACUUCUCAUAUCAGAUAUUUGAGGUCUUUAUCAUGACUGCAUUGGCAUUUGAUUGACACAUCUUUUAUUAAUUUUAAAUCUGAUAUGGACAUACAAGAGCUGUAUUGAUUAUUUUCUUCCAAAAAAAUAAAACAGCUAAACAGACUUGGUUAAAAAGUGAAGAUCUUUUUUUAUUUGUGUGCAGAAAAGUUGUCACAAUGGCACUGGACGCAGAGUUUGGUGUGAAAGGCAGCAGCAUCAUCAGGGAGUGGAGUGGACAGGUUCAGCCUGCUCUGGUCGCCUCCUUUGUUUUCCUCUUCUGCCUGGAAGCCUGUCUGUGGGUGAGGAACCUCAGGCUCAAGAGAAGACUGCCAGGACCCUUCGCCUGGCCCGUGGUGGGCAACGCCAUGCAGCUGGGCCAGAUGCCUCACAUCACUUUUGCCAGGCUCGCCAAAAAAUACGGCAACGUGUACCAGAUAAGGCUGGGCUGCAGCGAUGUUGUGGUUCUGAAUGGAGACAAGGCGAUACGUCAGGCUCUGAUACAGCACAGCACUGAGUUCGCAGGCAGACCAAACUUUGUCUCUUUCCAGAUGAUCUCUGGAGGCAGGAGUAUGACAUUUACUAAUUACAGCAAACAGUGGAAAGCACAUAGGAAAGUAGCACAGUCCAGCCUCAGAGCCUUUUCCUCCGCAAACAGUCAGACCAAACAAGCCUUUGAGCAGCAUAUUACAGCCGAGGCCAUGGAAAUGGUGCAGGCAUUUUUGCGUCACAGCACUGAUGGACGCUAUUUUGACCCUAGUCAUGAAUUUACAGUAGCUGCUGCUAAUGUCAUGUGCGCUCUCUGCUUUGGGAGGCGAUACGGACAUGAGGACCUGGAGUUCAGGAACCUGUUAAAAAAGGUGAACAAGUUUGGAGAGACAGUUGGGGCAGGGAGCUUGGUAGAUGUCAUGCCCUGGCUUCAGUCCUUCCCUAACCCAGUCCGCAGUGUAUAUGAAAACUUCAAAAACCUCAACGAGGAGUUUUUUGCCUUUGUGAAAGAUAAAGUUGGACAGCACAGAGAGUCCUUCAGCCCUGAUGUGACCCGGGACAUGAGUGAUGCCAUCAUAAAUGUGAUCGAGCACAGAAAGGACAGUGGCCUGACCAAAGAGUUUGUGGAAGCAACAGUCACAGACCUAAUUGGAGCAGGUCAAGACACAGUAUCAACUUUCAUGCAGUGGAUCAUCCUGCUCCUGGUCAAACACCCAGACAUGCAGGCCAAACUGCAGGAGCUCUUAGACAAAGUAGUAGGCCAAGACAGACUGCCAUCGAUUGAGGACAGAAGCAGCCUGGCAUACCUGGACGCCUUCAUCUAUGAGACCAUGCGCUUCACCAGCUUCGUCCCCGUCACCAUCCCACACUCCACAACCUCAGACGUCACUAUCGAAGGUCUCCACAUCCCCAAAGACACGGUGGUCUUCAUCAAUCAGUGGUCUGUCAACCAUGACCCUCUGAAGUGGAAAGACCCACACAUUUUUGACCCUGCACGCUUCCUCGACGACAAAGGGGCCCUUGAUAAGGACAUGACCAACAACGUGAUGAUUUUUUCAACGGGGAAAAGACGCUGUAUCGGCAACCAGGUCGCCAAGGUGGAAGUGUUUUUAUUCACAGCCAUCAUGCUGCACCAGUGUAGCUUUGAAAGUGACCCCUCCGAGCCCCUCACUCUUGACUGCUCCUACGGGCUCGCGCUGAAGCCCCUCCAAUUCCGUGUCAGCGCCAAGCUCAGAGGAAAGCUGCUUGGCUUAGUUUCCCCAGCAUGAACUGCAUGUCGCAAUGCUUUGACUCAAGGCCAGCAAACGCUUUCCCACCAAUGACAUUUAACAGUGAGUAUCAACAUACAGUACCUGCACUAAAUCCUACUGUUGUAAGAGUUUCAUAUUUAAUAUUGAUAUUUAAUAUCUUAACACGGAGCGUAUUUGAACUAUUGUUGGUGCAGGGUUGAGAACAUCAAAGAUGUUAUGUUAGCUACAGGUAGAAUUUGAAGUUGUGGACUGAUGGGAUCAGGACAAAGGUAUAACAUUUCUGCUUCACAAAAUAUUCUAUACUUGAUCAGAUUUUGUACAUAAUUCUGAGUUGUGUGCCUGUUUUACAUCCACCAUUGAGCAUGUACAUGUAUGGUGUGUGUGCAGGAAUUAGCUACUUUUCUUAAAUGUCAAUUUAAACAAGUAUAACUGUAUAUGAAAUGUUUGUGUAUGUUAUAAAGUCACAUGAUGACUUAUUGUUCUCAACUGUAAUAUGUAAGAGUAUAUUUAACCUUUGCCACGUUAAGCAGUUACAAUUUUUUUUUUUUUAUAAUUUCAUAUUUCAGGUAUGACAAUAAAUGUAAUGUGUUUCACUAUCUACUGUACUCAAAGCAUAUGGACAAAUUAAACAAAGAAUGCUGAUCAAAGUGGGAAGAAAAAAGGCUGGAAUGUUUGUGAAGGAGGAAGUCUUUCAUCAAGGAAUGUCCAUCACAAUUCUGAGGAUGAAGAAGAGACACUGUCAUGAACAAUGAAGACUUCACAAAUGUUAUGCAUCCAGGGUUCAGUUUUAUUUUACAAGCACUGAAGCUAGCCCAUGCCAAAUACACAUGUCUCAUCAGUACAAAAAACCCACAAAUUUCUUUCACUCGUGAGGCUGUUUACAAAGUAACCUUUUCAAAGCUACAUGGAUGUCAAUGCACUCUCUUCAAGCCUCUGCAUUCAGGAAUUAAUGUUACAAGGCCCAAUGGAUGUGUUGUCCUUGAAUGUUUAAGCAGUCAUCUUAGAGUAUAUUGUGUUAUCAAUGUGUUGGCUUUAUAUGAUGGAAAAUGGAAGAAUAAGCUAUAUCUGAAAUUAAUAAAGGAAUUGUCAAUGAUA